AUGGAUGAACUCAUUGCUGGUGACUUGAAGGAAGAGAUCGACCGUGACUCGCCGUGGGUCAAGAGGCUAGGCUGGGUACGACACUUUGGCUCCCGGGACUUGAUCAACAUUCACAACGCAGCCCAGUGGCUACGAGCGAGGGAAGUAAUAGGCAGGUCAGCUGGAAGGCAAGAAGAUGAGGAGGCAGCUUGUGAACGACUGUUGCUUAGGCGGCUUGGAGAGAGCUUCGAUCGUGAAGUUCAACGUUGCUGCUGGCGACUUGACAGCGUGCCGACCGAGACGUUGCAGUGGCUUAACAGCAUUUCAUCAGUAACCCCGAGCGGUGUGCCGUUUGGUCGUAAAGGCAAGGAAGAAUCGAUGAGCCAAUACAAGUCUGUCGGUCACCGUUACUUAAGCUUCUGCUGGAAGGCAUAUCGCAUCGGACGGAAGGAAGCAUUUGAACGCUGGGCUGUUCGCUUUACGGAUGAGCAGUGGAGCUUAUUGGGGGAUAUUGCCGAAGAGCUCGAGAGUGAUAGGGUUCCAAGCAGUCACGACAGCGGAUUUUUCAGCGGCAGAGAGAGACAAGCUAAGGAUCAAGACAAAGACGAAGAUGAAGAUGAAGACGAAGACGGAGACGAAGACGGAGACGAGGACGGAGACGAGGACGAAUAUCAGGACGACGAUAAUAGUGAUAACGGCGAGCAGGUGGAUGAAGGUUUGACUAGCCCGCUGCAGGAUGCACUAGACCGAGCCGUCUUCCGGUUUAUAGUGGCUUCGAUCAAAACUCACGUUGGUGGAAAUGUAUACACGAAUUCGCUACUAUGCUUCUGUGCGGCACUUGGUAUCAAGCCACGCCCGAUGGGCUAUAUAGAGCCGCACUUGUAUACCGGUCUGCUAGCUGCUAUAGUGUGGUGGACCCGGCUGUUCUUUUUAGAGGCUGUAUUCGAAAAUCAGCCGCUAGAUCGGGAUGAGGUCGGGGUCGAGGCCGUACUUGCAUUUGAAGAGCAGCAUAGAUCGUGGAUGUGUAUGGGCACUCACACUGUCAUGAGCACGAUCAUCGGAUGGAUGGCAUACGGGAAAGGGUAUCGGCAGAAGAUGGGGGGACAGCCGUCAAUACGAUGGUCUGAGGAUGGAGAGGGCUUAUUUCACAUGGGCGAGUAUAUCAGCGUCAAGGAUUUCACCCGUACACUACGCGAUGAGGUUACCGAUGCAGAGAAGCUGCUAGAUAAGCUAUUCGGGGGGUUCUGGCAGCCGGUCAGCAAGAAGAUCAAUAUGGGGCGAAUCGUCGAUAACAUGAUACGGCUUGGGGCAGGUCAGUCAUUUGCAAGCAACCCGAAGAACAAGUGGCUGGAGGCCGGGCCGGCAAAGGUGAUGCGGCUGAUGGAAGCAUCGAUAUGGGAUGCUACAAGGGUCCGAUGGAAGCGACAGCGUGUUAAGAGGUGGCUUCGGGACUUGAAGCUGCUGCGAGAGGCGCUGCUCGUGCUCGUACAUACGUGGGGUGGGCUUCCAGGAAGGGGGCCCGAAAUCACAACGCUGCGGCACUGCGAUUCGUGGCAGCUGAUGCGGAACAUAUUCAUACUAGAUGGGCAAGUCAUGAUCGUAACUGACCGAGAUAAGAUGAAGGCAAUCCGUGACAACGGGCGAAAGGUAGCACGAUUCGUCCCCGACCGGAUUAGGCGGAUGAUUGUGGCAUAUAUCGCAUGGCUGCUUCCGACGGAGAGGGUGCUGCAACGAGAGUGUCAACUUGCCGAGCCGCGUGGGGAGCAGCUAGAGUAUAUGUGGAGGGAUAGCUGCUCGUCGGUAUGGGAGACCGACCGGCUCAGCAGGCAGCUUGGCCGCGUAACGCAGGCCGGGACGGGGGCUCAAUUAGGGGUAGGACGAUACCAGGUCAUCGCAAUCAAGAUGGGACGGAAGAUUCGAGGGCUUGUGAUAAAGCAGCUAGAAGGUAAGAUGGAUGAUGAAGAUGAAGAUGACAAUAUCGAGAUCAACCAGAUCACAGGUAAGCCGGUUGACUGUGGAGGAAGCUGGAAUAUCGUGUGGGAUUUGCAGUCAACACACAGAACACGGAUUGCAAGGCAGCACUACGCCGUACAUAUCGGCUUCCCGGGUAAGCUGCAGCCGGAGAUGAUUGCAACAUUCAAGGAGAUCAGCAAGCUGUGGCAUCAGUUUUUAGAGGGAAGCAGCAAUGCAGAAGAAGGGAAGGAGGCAAAGGCACCGAAACGCAAGCGGGAUAGUCAGAAGACCGACGAGCAGCAGCAGCAGCAGCAGCAGCAGCAGUCGAUCGAUAGUCGGACCCAGAUGACUAGGAGCAGCAAGCGAAGAAAGAUCACUCAAGAGGAGGAACCGGCUCAGAAGAGGAAGGAGAUAAAGGAGACGAGAGAGGAGAAGGGGGAGAAGAAAAGGAAGAAGCUAGAGGAUGAGAUGAGGGACGGGCUACGAAAGCUGCUUGGACCGAAGGCGACUUGGCGAUCCGACAAGCAAGCUGAGAGCAUGCGAUCGAUCAUGACGCUCAAAGCAGAUCAGACGGCAAUUAACGUGCUGCCGACAGGGGCCGGCAAGAGCAUAUUAUUCAUACUGCCGGCCGUAAUACAGGAUACAGGCACAAGCAUCGUGGUUGUGCCGUUUGUUGCACUGAUGGAUGACUUGGUGACGAGAGCAACAGAUAUGGGGGUCGACUGCAUCCGAUAUAGGUCAUCGAUGAAUUCGGGACGAGAGGGCAUGCCGAGGGCAGCACGGUUGAUCGUCGUCAGUGCCGAUAUCGUAUCGAGCGCCGAGUUUUGCGGAUACGUUGACGGGCUGUCAUGCACAGGGCUGCUGCAGCGGAUAUUCGUAGACGAAUGUCACACUGUGAUCAUGGAUAUUGGCUACCGGGCUAAGCUUGGCGAGCUCGUAGGGUUACGCCGGUUUGGCUGCCCGUUGGUGCUGCUCACGGCAACGCUGCCCGUUGUGCUAGAGGACUGGUUCCGCGGCGAGAUGCUAGCAAGGUCAGCAAUCGUAGUGCGGGAUCGGACGGUUAAGCUGAACUGCCGCUACGAGGUUCAGCAGGUCAAGCCCGGGCGUAAUGCUAUCGAGGAUCGUACGGUCGAGGUGAUCAAGCAGCUGGAUCAAGACAUGACGGGCUGUCAGAAGGGGGUCAUAUACUGCCGAUCCAAGAGUCAAUGCGAGGCGAUCGCUGACGAGAUCGGGUGCGGGUUUCAUCACAGCGGCAUGACCGAACAGGACCGUCACGAGGCGCGGACGACAUGGGCAGAUGGCCGCAACACAAGCCGAUGGAUCGCAGCAACAACCGGGUUAGGGACAGGCAUCGACAUCGAGGGGAUCGUGGCCGUGGUUCACAUGGAGAAGCCAUACGGGCUCGUUGACUUUGUGCAGCAGAUUGGCCGAGGAGGGCGUCGGGCAGGCGAGGUGGUGCGGUCUGUCAUUAUACACGAUGGACGGCCGCAACAAGAGGAUCAGCAUCGGAGCUUUGUGGAUAAUAUCAAUCAGGCACAGAUGGAGGCAUUUGUAUCAACGCCGGGAUGUCGAAGGGCCGUAAUAUCGGCAUUUAUGGACGGGGCAGCCGGCGAAACGUGUGAGGAUGUAGAUGGGGCUACGCUUUGUGAUCGGUGUGAGCUGCUUCGACGGGAUGAUAACAGUAGUAAGGGUGCAGGUAGGGCCGAGGAGGAGGUGAUUGAAGGGGAAAGUGAUGGAGGGAGUGAGGAAGAGAGUGAGGAAGAGAGUGAGGAAGAGAGUGAGGGAGGGAGCAAGGGUGAGGGAGAGACUGACGGAGAGACUGACGGAGAGACUAAUAGUAAGAUUAGUCGAGGCAAGGAGGGCGAGAGUGAGGGUCAGAGCGAGAGUGAGAGCGACAAGAUAAGGAAGAAUGGGAGGAUUUGGAAGGCAUUCGGUAAGGAAGAGGGCACACGGGUCAGAACGCUUUUCCGAUGGCUAGACGAUGUCGCAGAGGAGUGUCCGGUGUGUCACGUCCGACGUCAUCAGAAGGGACUGGAGCUAGGGGAGGUCCCAGAUGAGCCGCGGCAUAAGAAGGCCGGGCAGUGGUGUGAGACGGUGGUAGAGGAAGGGUACGAUACGGCACGCAGGGCGAUCAGGUUCAAAGAGCUGUCAUGCUGCUUUAUAUGCAAGCUGCCACUAGACUGGUGUGAGGAAACGCGGGAUGAAGAGGGCAAGUGUGUGUACAAGGAUAAGCUACUGCCGGUGGUGUUGAUGGGCUUGAGGAGCUGGCGAGUCAAAGAUAUAGUUAAGGCUAAGUUUGGGGUUGAUAUGGAGGACAGGAAGGCAUUUUAUCGCUGGCUAGGGGUUGAAAGGCGGUUUCACGGCAUGAAGGGGACGAAUGCACAUGCUGUAUGGGAAGCAGUUAUUUGGGAGAUAUAUAAGAAUAAAAGGUAG